AUAGAAAAAAAAAAGAAAGAAAAGAAAAGAAAAGAAAGCAACAACCAAUAUAUAAUAAUAAAUACGGACAUAUCCUUGGGCUUUGCGGUACCUAUAUUUCCCUCUUCCGGCGGGAAACGAUGAUUUGGGAAAAGGCUUUCCCUCUCUUUAGGAGUUGAAAUCUUUGAAAGCCCUAGGCAUCAUCACCAGAGAGAGAGAGAGGGAGAGGGAGAGGGAGAGGGAGAGGGGCUUGUCUUCCAUGGCGUUGCUAUCUCUCCACGAAUUCAAGCACGAAGAAGAGGAAAUCGACAGUGGUGGUCCGAGACGGUACGUUCCCCUCCUCCACGUCUACUCCGCCACGGAUCCCUGCGUCAUCACCCCCAGCGGAUCCUCCAACGUCAUGUCGAAGAAGGUCAAGGCCCGAAAAUUCCACCCUUCCGCCGCUUCCGAAUUUUUUGAUUCCGACCACUCCGAAAAGAAGCCUCCGCCUCCUCCUCCGCCCCUCCGUGUCUACUACCGCCGCACGAAGAGACCCCGGCAUUGCCCUGCAAAUAAGCCCUCCCUUUUCGAUUCUCUUGAAUCAGGGUUGAAACUGGACGCUGAUGGGAUCGAAGGAGGAGAAGACCGUUUUGUUUCUGAUGACGAUCAGCCUGUUCUGGCCUUGGAUUCGGUUAGGGUUGCGAGAGCCUUCAAAAAACGGAAGAAUGCAGAGAAACAAGAGCUGGUCAAUUUGGGGGUUAUUAAUUCAAGUCCCAAUCUUGCUGGGCCCCAGCUAAGGGAAAGCCGAGUUCGGGAGAAGAGCAGCUCUGCUCGGAUGAGGAAAUGCAAUUCAUCUGAUGAACAAAGGAAGCCAGACGGGCACAAGCAUUCUUCUGGUUCUGAUUUGGCAAAGAAAUGGGUCGAGUUGGAUUUGGAGCAUUUUGAUCCACAAGCAGUCAUCGGCUUGAAAUGCAAGGUGUACUGGCCAAGGGACGAUGAAUGGUAUGCAGGUUCUGUUGCUGGGUAUAACUCAGAGACCAAGCAGCACCAUAUUGAAUACAAAGAUGAUGAAAAUGAAAGUCUAGUCCUUGUGGAUGAAAAGAUGAAAUUCUAUAUUUCUCGUGAGGAGAUGCUUCAUUUAAAGUUACAAUGUAGCUCUCCAAACAAGGUGAAGAAAGGCCUGAAUUAUGACGAGAUGCUUGUGUUGGCUGCUGAUAUUGAUUACUGCCAAGAUUUGGAGCUUGGGGAUAUCAUAUGGGCCAAACUUACAGGGCAUGCCAUGUGGCCUGCUAUUGUUGUCAAUGAUUCACAUAUUGAUGCAAAAAGGUGUCUAAAGCCAAGGUUGGGAGAGAGAGUUCCUGUGCAAUUUUUUGGGACCCAUGAUUUCGCAAGGAUCAAUGUGAAACAGGUCAUUUCAUUUCUCAGAGGCCUCCUCUCUUGCUACCAUUUGAAGUGCAGGCAUACACGUUUCAAGCAAAGCUUAGAAGAAGCAACCAUGUACCUCCGUGAAGGAAAACUUCCAUACAGAAUGCAAAAGCGGCAGAAGGGCAAUAAGGCUGAUGAUGAUGAGAGUGCAAGUGGGGAGGAUGAGGGAAUGCCAGAUUCUAGUGAAGAUUAUACAGGAGACGAACGCACACAGAAAUGCAUGACGUCUUGCCCAUUUGAAAUUGAAGAUCUUCGUGUUGUGAACCUUGGAAAGAUUGUGACGGACUCGGAAUUUUUUCACAACACGCGACACACCUGGCCAGAAGGAUAUACUGCUGUAAGGAAGUAUAUUUCAACAAUAGAUCCGAGUAUAAUUACUUCCUAUAAGAUGGAGGUGUUGAGAGAUCCUGAAUCAAAAGCUUGGCCAUUAUUUAGAGUAACAUCGGACAAUGGAGAGCAGAUUGAUGGGUCAUCUCCAUCUGUUUGCUGGAAAAAAAUCUACAGAAAGAUAGACAAGAUCCAAAAUAAUUUGUCUAAUGGAUGUAAAGCUGAAAACGGUGGUAGUAGACUCCAGAAGCCUGGCUCUUAUAUGUUUGGUUUUUCAAUAAGAAAAAUUUCUAAACUCAUACAGGACUUGAGAAAUUCCGAUCUGUGGUCAAAACCCUUCAGUCGCAAGAUAGCUUCUAACUGCCAUCGGGAUCAGCCUAACGGCUAUAGGCCUGUUCGUGUUGACUGGAAAGAUCUGGACAAGUGCAGUGUUUGUCACAUGGAUGAGGAGUAUGAGAACAACUUGUUCCUGCAGUGUGAUAAAUGCCUGAUGAUGGUCCAUGCCCGAUGCUAUGGUCAAUCAGAACCAUUAGAUGGGGUACUUUGGUUAUGCAACUUAUGCAGGCCCAAAGCACCCACACCUCGUCCACCUUGUUGCCUUUGUCCAGUUAUAGGAGGUGCUAUGAAGCCUACAACUGAUGGGCGCUGGGCUCAUCUGACUUGUGCAAUGUGGAUACCUGAAACUUGCCUUAAAGACAUCAAGAAAAUGGAGCCCAUUGAUGGACUGGACAGGAUCAAUAAGGAUCGUUGGAAGCUUUUAUGUAGUAUUUGUGGUGUUUCUUAUGGAGCUUGCAUCCAGUGCUCAAAUAGUACUUGCCGUGUAGCUUAUCAUCCUCUUUGUGCACGUGCUGCUGAUCUUUGUGUAGAGCUGGAGGAUGAGGACAGAAUCCAUCUCAUGUCCGUUGAUGAGGAUGAUGAUCAGUGCAUUCGUCUACUUUCUUUCUGCAAGAGGCAUAGGCAACCAUCUCAUGAACGUUCACCGUCUAAUGAACAGAUAGGGCAAACUGUGAGAAACUGCUCCAGCUACACUCCCCCCUCUAAUCUAUCUGGCUGUGCUCGCACUGAGCCUUAUGAUUUCUUUGGGAGAAGGGGACGUAAAGAACCUGAAGCCCUUGCUGCUGCAUCUGUGAAAAGGUUGUUUGUGGAGAACAGGCCAUAUUUGGUUAGUGGGUACCGUCAAAAUGGAUCCUUGGGCAAUGUUCCCUCUUGCAAUGAACUUGUUCUUUCAAGCAUCCCUUCAAGCAUUCAAAAGUUGAAAAUGCCUCGAUCUGAUACGCCAAAGAGCAUUCUUUGCAUGGCUGAAAAGUACACAUACAUGAGGGAAACCUUUAGGAAACGUCUAGCAUUUGGAAAAUCUGGAAUACAUGGGUUUGGCAUCUUUGCAAAGCUUGCACAUAGUGCAGGGGACAUGGUCAUUGAAUACACGGGUGAACUUGUUAGACCUCCAAUUGCAGACAUACGGGAACAUUUUAUAUACAAUUCACUAGUGGGUGCUGGGACAUACAUGUUCAGGAUAGAUGAUGAGCGUGUCAUUGAUGCUACGAGGGCAGGGAGCAUUGCUCAUUUGAUCAACCACUCUUGCGAGCCUAAUUGUUAUUCAAGAGUGAUAAGCGUUCAUGGUGAUGAGCAUAUAAUCAUAUUUGCAAAAAGAGAUAUCAAGCAGUGGGAAGAAUUGACAUAUGAUUACAGAUUUUUUUCAAUAGAUGAACAACUUGCUUGCUAUUGUGGAUUCCCAAGAUGCCGGGGGGUUGUCAAUGACAUUGAAGCAGAGGAGCAAGUUGCCAAGAUUUGUGUACCGCGAUCUGAAUUGAUUGAUUGGAGGGGAAAAUAAGGGUUCGUAAAAUAAAAUCAUCUGUUGCCCUUCUGGAUACUUAUUAUCACCAUUCAACUAUGGAAUUGCACGUUGAGAGCCGAAACCGAGUCAACAGCCAGGCAAUUCAUAGUGGAGAUACUUGAACUGGAAGCCAGCAUCCGAGUCAGAAAAUACAGCAGAAAAUACAAUGUAUUGAUUUUGGUCUCGUGGACUACCUGUUCUUCUGCCACAUACAUUUUUGAACUCCAGUACUGCAACUAUAGGAUUCAAUGGGUGCAUCCAUUCAGAAACUCUAGUAUGGAACGCCUCCUUCCUUUUCUACCAUUGAGUUUCCAAAUUGGAGUUGUAUUAUCUACCCAUGCAUCAGAAUGGCAGAACCUUCCUGUACCUAACUUAUAGAAGGAAAAUUAGCUGAACUUGAGCUCAUGUACAUUGUACAGUUUUGACGAUUAUCUAAAAAGCAGGUCUACAUCUUUGUUUGAACAUUUACAGACCCAAUUGGUGUCUGUAGCCAAUGAGUAGGGGACCAAAAAAAAAAAAAAAAGAAGAAAAAACAAAUUUCAGAAGUACGCUAAAUGUAAAUGUAAUCUCUUCAUAUUCUCCUAUCAUCAUUCCGGCUGCCUAAUGACUGAAAUUUUGUUUUUGGAUU